UUUUAAUUGAUUUUUGAAAUUUUAGACUUUCUGGCUUUACGCAUCGGUCAGCUGAUUUUUGUUUGUUUUUAAUAAACCUUUUCUUUUUUACCUUUUAAUUUUUUUCCUCGCAUGAUGCUAUUUUUUGUAUUUGGAUUGCUCUGCAGUGCCAGCGGUUUUGGCUUUUCUUGCAUAAUAGCAACAAUGCAUAUACAAUGAAACAUUUCAUAUUGAAACAGUGUUCAUUCCCCCCCAAUAUGCAUCAAACGAAAGUCACUAAUCACUCAUAAAGGGUGCAGGUACACUUCUAAAACCCUGAAAAUAACACAAUCUUAGUUUUAAACAUUCAUUUUAGUUUAGACACCUGAUAUUAAAGCAACACUAGGGCCUCAGAYGAUUUGAUAUCACCUAGAAAUGCAUCAACCUCUUUAAGCAAGUGCCUAAAUACUCAAUUUAAAUGCCCUUAUAGAUUUGCUCCAGUCCUCCUCAAUCCAAAUAUAAAAUGACCACAGCGGAAAAGUAAUGGGAGGACAGCCAGCAGGUCYGUUUAUUAGCAAUAAAAGCUUCAUUAUUUCCCCAUUCAGACACAUAAUUGAGAUGGAGGAGCACAGCUUUAUGUUGAAAAUGUUCUUUUAUUGCAUUUCCUCCCACUUACAACUGUUAUCUAAAGUCCAAUUACUGUCACAAGCAGACAUGAAACUGAGACUUCUCUGUAUAUCAUGAAAUAGCCAGGUUUAAACAUAAACCUMACACAGGUGGUAGUUGUGAUUUUAUUAUUUUUUUUUUACCGAAUGAAAAGAGCAGACAUCUUGAUUGGCUCUUAAUUGUAAAAUGGUGCAAAUAUUACAGAAUAUAGUUCUUUUUUUUUUUAGCUGUGUAUAAGGUUCAUUUAACAACACGUGACUCAGUUUGAGCUUAGGUCACAAUGUUUUUGUUUCAUUUUAGAUUUAAAUGUCCUGCUUUCUCCACCUUCACAUAAACAUCUAGAUGCUGUCACUAGGUGGCAGUACGCAGCAGCUUUUUCUUUCCUUUGGGAGGUCUGUAAUCAUUGAUUCCUACUCGCACACACCUUCCCGCCAGGUAAGAUUUGGUACCAGAUAACCCUGCCCAGCCUGACUUUGAGGUGUGUUUUCUGUCGCCUCAGUAUAAAUCGUGAGGGGGCGAAGGUGAAGGUCCAGACACCAGCCCAAACUGAACCCCAAACAUCAGACAGACGGCAGCCCUGCACACAGACGCUAUGGAUCGCUCGUCCUCCACCUCCAGCCUGAUGGCCAGCAGCAACGUCACCAACAAGACCGACCAGCGCUCCCUCAACUCCCGGGUCUUCAUCGGGAACCUCAACACCCUGCUGGUCACCAAGGCGGACGUCGAGGCCAUCUUCUCCAAGUACGGCAAGAUCGUGGGCUGCUCCGUCCACAAGGGCUACGCCUUCGUUCAGUACGCCAACGAGAGGAACGCUCGGGCCGCCGUCACCGGGGAGGAUGGGAGGAUGAUCGUGGGACAAGUUCUGGACAUAAAUCUGGCCGGUGAACCCAAACCUCACAGGUCAAAAACCUCCAAACGCUCGGCUGGAGACAUGUACAGCACUUCAUCGUUUGACCUGGACUAUGAUUUCCAGAGAGAUUAUUACGACAGAAUGUACUCGUACCCGUCUCGUGUCCCGGCUCCGCCCCCUCCUCUGUCCCGGGCCGUGAUCCCGUCCAAACGACCGCGGGUCAGCCUGAGCGGAGGAAGCGGCCGGCGGACCAAAAGCAGCUUCUCGUCUUCAUCCAGGAGCAGCCAGAGAACUUCAUCUUCCAGACCAAUGAGGGUGGACGACCUGCAGAUCAUCAAAAGGGAGCUGACACAGAUUAAAAGCAAAGUGGACGACCUGCUGGACAGCCUGGAGCGCAUGGAGAAGGACCACAGCAAGAAGUUGGCUAAGAGCAUAAAAACUGAGCCGGGAGAGGUGACAUCGCCCCCGCACUCCAGCAACAAGAAGGACGACGGCUCGAAGAGAGACCGGGAGAGCCAGGGCAUAAACGACUCGGAUGAGGACGAAGACGAGGAGGAGGAAGAGGAGGAGGGAGACCUGCUGGAGGAGGAAGAGGUGAAAAGUCAAGAGCGAGAGGAGGACGAGGACGAGGAGGAGGAAGGGGAGCACGUGGAGGGAGACGACGACGACGGCUACAGCGUGAACGGCGACGACGACUCGUAAACUCUGAGCUCGGCUUCCUGUUUUAACACUUAUGUUGUAGAAAUGUGCACAGAAAACACGAGCAUGGUCCUGUCAUCUCACCCCCCCGAACAUCUUUAGGUCUUUUUGUUUAGUUCAGAAUCUCUGGAAGACAAAGCGUUAGCUGUAGGUUUGUGUUUUUGCUCGUCUUUGAAGCGAAGACGCCGACACGGACUGGUCAUGUUCGCAGAGACGACGGCUCGACGGACAUCUCUUAACUCAAAGGACACAAAUUCAUAUAUAAAGAUGGUUUUUAGCUUCUGUGUGUUUUUUCUGUUUUUGUUUCUUUUAGUCAUGUAUGUGUUGAUAUGUUUGUCCUUUUUAUAUACUUUGAGUUUAACUGGAAUAAAUUGCAAUAAAAUAUUCAAUUGAAAAUGAA